AUGCACUUUGACGAAAUACAGAGUCCAAACAAAGACGUGCGGAUGGGAAAAAGGCAGCGAUUAGCAGCCAAUGGCAGCCGAGUAUCUCGCACUUCUGGUACACCCCGUAGUAUAUCUCGAAUGUCUCUCAUAGAUCGUACAUCCCGGAUCCCCCGGGACGGAAACCACUUGACACUGCCAGACUGUCUGACGGCGACAAGUAGCUGCGGUCGUCGCCUCGUCCAGUGUUUAAAUGUUCGCGCCCCGGUCCGCAUCCUUUUAGUCGAUCAGCGAGUCAGGAUGAGCAAGGAAGCCAGUAAGAGUGCGAGGAUCGGGCAGCGGGAGCGCCGUCUCCUGCGGACGCCCAAGUGCGCGAGGUGCCGCAACCACGGCGUGAUCUCCUGUGUCAAAGGUCACAAGCGGCUGUGUCGGUGGCGCGAGUGCUGCUGCCCCAACUGCCAGCUGGUGGUGGACCGCCAGCGGGUGAUGGCCGCCCAGGUGGCCCUGCGCCGCCAGCAGACCAUGGAGGCCCUGGAGGCCACCUCCUGCUCCGCCUCGAAGCCAUCGCGAUUGGCCACUGGAACGGCGUCCAGCAGCGAGGGCGAGGACUCCCUCAGCUCCACAUCACCGCCGCCGGCACAUCCAUCCGCCGGACACACCGCAUCCACAUCCGCAUCCGCAUCCUCAUCUGCCACACGACAGGCUCUGAUGGCCCAAAAGAGGAUCUACAAGCAGCGAUUGCGCAGUUUGCAGCAGUCCACACUCCACAUCACCGCGGCCAUGGAAGAGUACAAGCAGCGGUUUCCCACAUUCAGCUCGCCGUUGAUGGAGCGCAUGCGCAAACGUCGGGCGUUCGCCGAUCCGGAACUGAACUACGCCAUGGAGGCGACGCUGGGCGGGAACGCCUUGUACUUCGCCACCGUUGCCUCGGCGGCGGUCCACCACGAGCAGCACAUAUAUCACCCGAUGCCGCCGACGAUCCCGCCCCCGCACCAGCCCGCCAAUCCCCCGAUGAACACACCCACCGCCUCCGCGAAGAAGCCCAAGCUGAGCUUCUCCAUCGAGUCCAUCAUGGGCAUCAGCACGUAGCCGAGGC